GAAAAUCACUGCACGGAAAGUCGGACUCAGCUCAGCUCUGAUCAGUGUGUGUUGUGCAGUGCUCUGCGUUUUCUUAGGUCGCAGUCAUGGCGAAAUUCGGCGGAUCACUGCAUUUUCUAGCGGUAUUUGCACUGGUACUAGUAUGUUUAUGGAUUCCGUCGUCUCAUUGCGCCAAAAAACCAGCAGGAUUGGCCAGAAAAGAAGACAUUCCCUUUAUAAAAUGCCAAGUCUGCGAGAAGUUAUCGUCCGAAAUAUUCCGCCAGGUUCAAGCCAAGGAAGCUGAGAUCUCUCCGAAGAAGGUAUCGGAGUAUCAAAUUAUAGAAAUUGCUGAGAAUGUUUGUAAUCUGAAGAAGAAAGAAGCUGAUUGGAUUCUUAAAAUUGAUAUUGUUGAGAAAGGGGACAAAUUGGAGCUUGUUGAGCAAGAUUCCGAAGGACAGUGCAAUUCAGAAUGUAAAACAAUCGAGCGAGCUUGCCAAGAGGUUUUGGGUUAUUCUGAUACAGAUGCUGCAGAGUAUUUAUAUAAAAAGAAACCCCAGCUUGGUUCUUUUGUAAAGUUCGUUUGUAAGGACCUUACAGAUGCGUGCACCUCAGACCCACCACCAGUCCCUAAGGAUAGGGUUCCAGGAGAGCCAUUUCUUGCCAAGUCUGAGAAAGAGGCGGAGAUGGAGCGGCUGAUGAAAUCGAUGGAAGGAAUGCCCGGAGCACCAGGGAUGAAGAUGUACUCGCGGGAGGAUUUGAUGAACCAGAACUUUGGCGAUGAGGAUGCAGAUGAAGAUGACGACGACGAGGCAGAUUUUCCGUCAAAGCUGGGGAAAGUACUAAAACAGAAAGAAACAAAGAAGCUGGAUUGGAAGGAGAGGGUCAAGAAAGAAGUCUUCGACGCCGGGGAGAAACUGAAAGGCCACGCCGACAAAGUUUCACACAGAAUAAGGCAGUGGUGGCGAAGCAGGACAGCGAGCUCAAAGUCAGAGUUGUAGAACUCGACACGCCCCCAUGACAAACAUCGCCUCCACUUUUGGCGGAGGUUUGAGUCGCGCUAAUGGUGCUCCAUCCCGGACUUGUCGUGGAGAUUGGAGACGGCUGCAACUUAUUACGGCGACUAAGGUAAAUUCACUUUUCGAGUAAAUUUUCACAAUAGUUGCUUUGUUACAAGUCUGGAGUAAAUUUUCACUUAAUAGAUGAGUCAUGGAUUAAGGUAGUUAGCUUGAGUUUGUUUACUUUUACCGUUUUCAAUAACUAACGAUAAAAUGUCCUAAAAUACUUCCAUGGAGAUAAAAAGAGGUUUUUAGGUGAA